AUGAGAUGUAGGUUAACGAGAUUAACUUAUUGUACAUGUGCAAAAGGAAACAAGAAUUUUUACUAUACAGGAGAUAGAGAGUUCAAAUCUAUGUUUGAGAAUAUCCUACCUUCGUCUCAAAUCCAUGAGCUAUUGAAGCUUCUUGCAGAUAGUAAUGAGGCAAGAAUUGGUUUAAGAUCCAGUACUCAGAAAUACAGACACAUAGAAAGAAUAGUGACCAAAGAGAGGGAAGAAUUCAACAGACAAUACGAAAAGGAAAGAAAGAGAAUUCGAGAGGCAACUUCUGAAAGAGGUUCGGAUAUUGGUGUUUCAAAGAGUUCGGAAUGUUCUGAAGAUACUGAAAAAACUACAUUACUUGAAGAAAUUGAAAGGCAAUCAUCUGGAAUGGAUUUUGAUGAACCUUCAAGCACUCAUUGUUCUGCUGAAGAAUGCCCAGAUAAAGAAAACGCUGAAAAUGUUCUCAAAUGCAAUGUUUGUCGCAAAUGUUUUCACAAUUUCUGUUGUUCACCAAAAAUGUCAGAUUAUAUCAAAAAUAGCUUUCUUUGGACUUGCUCUGAAUGCAUAUACUGUACAGUAUGUAAGAAGAGUGACCGACCAAAUAUACAAGUUUUCUGUGAUAUUUGUAGCCGUUGCUUCCAUACAUCAUGUUUAAAUCCAAAACUUCAAAAGGUCCCAAAAAACUUUUGGUUAUGUGAUGACUGUAAAGUAUGUUCUAAAUGUCACAAAUUAGUCGAUUUCCCAAUGGAAAAUGGAAAAAUUUGUACUGAAUCCCUUCCAGAAGGCUUUGACUACUUAGAUCCAAAAUAUGGAACAAGAAUAUGUUACGAGUGCAAAGAUAAAAAGAAAGAUUUAAUAUGUGGAGUCUGCAAUAAUGUCUUGAGCAAACAUGGAAAUAGAAUAUGUUCCUUAUGCAGAAUGUUUGUACACAAUAAUUGUCUUAAUGCUCAAAUAUGUAAUCUAUGUAAUCAGUAG